CAUAGCAAAUCUCCAUGGCAAUGACCCCAAUCAGGGAAGGGGGAUGCAGGAGGGGCGCAUGCUCACAGUGGAUGCUGGAGCCUCGCCUGCUCGCUUCAGCUGCUCCGAGGGUCUGGCACACGGGCGAAGGGAAAGAUCAGGCAGAAAAGACACCUUGAAUCAUUGAUGAGAGCGAUGGCGCUGCCGUCCGUCCGGAGCGAGGUGCGAGUGGCRAUCCUGCUGCUCUCUGUGCUCAGCGCCAGCCUGGUGGGGGCUGGCCAGGACUCCGGGAGUGCCAUCCCUGCCGAAAGCCGUCCCUGCGUUGACUGCCAUGCGUUCGAGUUCAUGCAGAGGGCGUUGCAGGAUCUGAAGAAGACGGCGUACAGCCUCGACACCCGGACAGAAACCCUCCUCCUGAGAGCAGAAAAGAGAGGCCUGUGUGAUUGCUUUCAUGCAAUACACUGAAAUGAGCACUGGGAUUUGACCAAUGGACAUUUAUUCAUUUUUAAAAUACUCUUCAGUAAAUUACAGGAAGAUACAGAGUGCAAGUUGUGCUCCACCAUAAGGAAAAGCAUUUUUAUCAAAACAGGUAUAGCUCAGUUAGAUUAUUUUUGCUUUGUUGUGGUUUAUCAUUACUCUAUGUGAUAUUGCAUCUGCUGAAAUGUCAACAGAAGAAACAGUGCCAAAGUCUUGCUUAUGGGUUUUAUGAAAGGAUAGUAUCCUGUUUUUUUGGUGGUUCAAACCAAAAAUUGUCCUUGGACUCUCAGGCGAACCUCUCAACUUAUGUAAUUUGCCAUAGAUGAAAAGUUAAUGGAGUAAAAGUCAAUGGAAUAAAAUUUCUUAAUGUAUUAACAGAAGAAUAACAUGAAAAGGAAGCUACUUUGCCAUGAUGCAUAGAUAAACAUUUACAAACAAGCAGACUUGACUUUAUGUAGAAAUUAACAGUUAUCACUGACUGYUUGGCAGUCCAAGGAAGGGGUUUUUUUCCCAGUGGUAUCAAUAGUCCAGUGCACGGCAAACACAGUAAUCUGUCUCAUGAUUUUAAUUUCUUCAGAGCAGCACAGUAGCUGUGAUCUUUCUGGAGAGAUUUAUUAAGUAUCUAAUGUGAUCAGUAACAUUUGUAAUCACAUGAAUACCGCCUGGCAGUUGAACUGAUUGCGUCUGCCAAAAUCUUCUAGAGAAGUGUCUUUCAUUAAGCAAAUCACAUGCUGGAUUGAACCACUCAAACUGGCCUCUACAGAGAGUUUUGGCAGAGAGCCUGCACAACGCCUGCCUGCCCAGGAGUCUCUUGUAAACUGUAUUUUGGGAAAUACUGAAAUUCUACCAAAAUGGUCCUUAGCUCUUGUGUGGACUCCACACUCCAUCAUGAUGCGAGACAGUGCUGCUGUUUUUGGUAUUCCUGCUGCAGUCAGCGUGAGAUGAGAGAGAACAAAACAAUUUAGGCAGUGUAGUUGUAAUAGACAACAAGACCGUGCCUUGUUACUCUUUAAAAAAGAGUAGCAAAUC